AUGGAUGGGGAAAAUCGCAUCAUACUCAACGUAGGUGGUAUCAGGUAUGAGACGUACAAGGCGACGCUGAAGAAGAUCCCGGCCACCCGACUAUCGCGACUGACGGAGGCACUAGCGAACUACGAUCCCGUCCUGAACGAGUACUUCUUCGACCGCCAUCCGGGGGUAUUUGCGCAAGUCCUCAACUACUAUAGAACCGGCAAGCUGCACUAUCCGACCGAUGUCUGUGGACCACUGUUUGAGGAGGAGUUGGAGUUUUGGGGUCUCGAUUCGAACCAGGUUGAACCGUGCUGCUGGUCUACGUACAGUGUGCAUCGUGAUACACAGAGCACACUCGCGAUACUGGACAAAUUGGAGCUAGACGAUGAGCAACCGUCCGAGGAGGCGAUUGCGCGGCUGUUCGGGUUCGAGGAGGCACUGCUAAACGGUGAACUAACCUGCUGGCAGCGGACGAAACCGAAAAUCUGGGCCCUGUUUGAUGAACCAUCGAGCUCCACCGGUGCUAAGAUUGUUGCUGGAAUAUCGGUGUUCUUCAUCUGCAUCUCUGUGAUAUCCUUCUGCCUCAAGACGCACCCGGGUCUACGGGUGGAAAUUCCGGCCAUCCUUAACAUCACGAACAACGGCAGCCUGGGCGCCCUGCCGGACGAAACAUACGGUCAGCCACACGAAGCAUUCUUCUACGUCGAGCUCGUCUGCAACGUGUGGUUCAUCAUCGAGCUGACCGUUCGAUUGGUGGUGACUCCGAACAUUUUCGAGUUUAUCAAAUCGCCCGUCAACAUCAUCGACCUGGCGGCAACCCUUAGCUUCUACACCGACGUCUGCCAGCGGAUGGGCGAACAGACGGGGCUGCUGGAGGCGUUCUCGAUCGUGCGUAUCCUGCGGCUGUUCAAGCUGACGCGCCACUCGCCCGGUCUGCGCAUCCUGAUCCACACGUUCAAGGCGUCCGCCCGGGAGCUGACGUUGCUCGUGUUCUUCCUGGUGCUCGGCAUCGUUGUGUUUGCCAGCUUGGUGUACUACGCGGAAAAGCUGCAGGACAACCCAGACAACCAGUUCAAAAGCAUUCCGCUGGGAUUGUGGUGGGCGAUCGUUACGAUGACCACCGUCGGCUACGGUGAUAUGGCGCCAAAAACCUAUGUCGGGAUGUUUGUCGGUGCACUCUGUGCCCUGGCCGGUGUGUUGACGAUCGCCCUACCGGUACCGGUGAUUGUCAGUAAUUUCUCCAUGUUCUACUCGCAUACGCAGGCUCGCUCAAAACUGCCGAAAAAGCGUCGCCGUGUGCUGCCGGUGGAACAACCGCGAAGGAAGCGUGACAUGGGUGCGGCUAACCGGCGGGUAAACGCGCUAAAACACCAACACACCCAACCGACACAUCCCGCCAUCUUUAAGGAUGCUUUCGGUGGGGCGAAAAUCGGUCACGUGAAUGGCGUCAAUGUGAUAGGACUCACCCUCCAAGGACCUUCCGUACCGGGGCUGGCGGUUCUAAAGCCACCCGCCGCACUACAGCAAGGUGAUUUCAUCAACGUGCCACAGCUGAGUUCCUUACAGCCCCGUCAGCCGACGACCGGAAAUGUGGAUUUAUUGCUACCAUUACAGCCAAAAUUGCUCGUUCCGCUGGCAGUAGAGCGCCGAGAAUCCAAACCGGAAGAAAUGAUCCCGCUGGAACCGAAAGUCACCCUGCAAAGCGACCCGAACGGUUUGUCCGGCAACAAUACGCCGGGAGAUGAAUCUUGAACCGAGCGCUUUUGGGGUUGAAAACGGACCUUGGGGGGUUGUUCUUUUCGAAGCGCACGCACACAUACACCGUGGAGCGGGCGGCAUCGAAUGGUCCAACAUUGAGAAUCGAAAGGAUUUUGAUUAGAUUUGUAAAAGUUGUAAGCGAACGGUCAAGGAAAACUUUGAGAAAGUAGAAUAAAGCAGGGAAGAAAAACAAUGUAUUUAUUACCCAAAAUAAAGGAACUACGCAGGGAUACGAAAUAAAAGCAAAACUAACGCGAACAGAAACUUAAAGCAUGUAAGAAAAGUAAAAUACUUUCAUUGAAAAUAAACUAAAAUAGACUCGGGUUCGAAAGGUGGUAAGAGAUGCAAAAAAACAAACCACCACUUCACAUCACGAGCGCAGACAAGAAAGUUUGCAUUUCGAGCGGGAAUUGUGUUUCCUGGUAGAAAGAGUUUUGCGUUAAGAGAAUAAAAAAAAACUAUUGCAAAAACGAGUAGAAUUUAACAGAAGCAAAUCGUUUUUGUCAUACAAAGACGUGCGUGCGUGUGGUUGCAUUGUGGACGAGUCGUUAAGGACAUUAAGCUUGUGCCAAGCGCAUCAUAAGUAAAUUAGCUAGAAAAUAGUUGUUUAAUUGGAUAACCGUGUUGUUUGUGCUCAACUUUUAUACGAUCGUGCGUCGAGCGGGAGGACGGGGACGGACAGAUGAUUAGAAUCAAAACUGGAAACAGAUUUCAAACCGUGGUGAAAAAGCAGCGUGAUAAAGCGAAAGUGAAGCUGUAUCUUUAUCUCUCUCUGUGUCUGUCUCUCUCUCUCCCUCCCUCUCUCUUACUCGGGUGGGAAGUGUUAGCGGAAUCCAUAAUGUAUGUAUGAAUGUUACCACCAUGUAUGUGUGUACUGGUUGGUUUCGCAGCAAACUAAUUAAACACAACCGAAACUGAAAACCCCCAUUUAUCGUCUGUGUCAAAAUGUCCACCAUUAUCGAUGUCCAACCAAGGAAAGUUAUACAAACAACCACAUGCUCGAAGGUAAUAAAAUGGAGUGUUAAGUAAAUUGGACGUGGGAUGACAACCAUUGAAACAAGCUUUAAGGAAACAAAACAACGGUGGUGAAAUGAGGUUUUUAGAAGGUGAGUAAGGUUGAGCGAUGCAGUGGAAUCAAUCUGCAACCAUCUACUCUAAAAGUUUAGUCAAGAAGGUAAAAGUUGAACGAAAAUUCAUUAUUCAAAUUUCUGGAUAGUCUUCUGAACCACACCAAACCGGUCAAUGCCACAAUUGAGGAACAGUUUAAUCAAUUGACUGAUAGGUUUCAAAUCGUCGAGAGAAUGUAAGGAAAGGAUCAAACAUCGUUGUGAAAGCUUCAAUAAGUUUUGGUUCAUUUCAAUGGCUUUCAGUUUAGUGUCUAAGUUUAGCGGACUUGUAAUGCGGUGUCAGCAAGAAUGCGGAUACAGUAAACUAUAUGUGUCAAGACAAUUAAGCUGUUAUGUUUAGUGAAAAUGAGACCAGAAAUAUAUUUGUGCGAUU